CGCAAAACGGAUCACAGUCAACCGCGAUCGUCCACGGCAGCCACUAAGGACAACAACACCAUCGCUCACUACUCUAAGUCACACUGCAUAAGCUCAAGAGUUUCGAUUCGCACAACAUGUCCAAAACACUGAUCGUUUUCGUGGCAUACGCCGUGGCCACCGCCUUGGCUGUCUACAAGGAGCCCGGAGCACCCGCCUACCCGUCGCACCAAGCACCCACUUACUCAACACACCAAUCAUCCUCCUACACAUCACACUCAGCACCCGCAUACUCAUCCUACCCGGCCCCAGCCUACUCCGCUGCCCCGGCCUACUCCGCUGCCCCGGCCUACUCUGCUGCCCCGGCCUACUCCGCUGCCCCGGCCUACUCCGCUGCCCCGGCCUACUCUGCUGCCCCGGCCUACUCCGCUGCCCCGGCCUACUCCGCUGCCCCGGCCUACUCUGCUGCCCCGGCCUACUCUUCUGCCCCGGCUUAUCGUGUCGCUCCGGCUUACCCGUCGUACUCGACAUACCCAGCCGCUCCAGCCUACCCGGCCGCACCAGCCUACCCGGCCGCUCCAGCCUACCCGGCCGCUCCAGCCUACCCGGCCGCUCCAGCCUACCCGGCCGCUCCAGCCUACCCGGCCGCACCAGCCUACCCGGCCGCUCCAGCUUACCCAUCGUAUCCCGCUGCACCGGCUUACCCAGCCUACCACGCAGCACCUGCUUACUCGGCAUACCAAUCCGCACCGGCUUACAACAGCAAACCGGCAGCGUACCAGUCCGCCGCCCCCGCUUACAACAAACCGGCUCAAUACUCGGCGCCCAAGCCGUACGCCGCCGCCGCCGCCGCCGCACCGUCACCGUCGCCGUACAACUUCCAGUACAGCGUGAACGACGCGCACACCGGCGACGUCAAGAGCCAGAGCGAGUACGCCGACGCCAACGGUUACGUGAAGGGCACCUACAGCUUGGUGGACGCUGACGGAAGCAAGCGCACCGUCGACUACACCGCCGACGACCACAGCGGUUUCAACGCGGACGUCAAGAAGGAGGGCGGAUACGUUCCGUCGUCCCCGGCCACGUACAAGCCAGCCUACUAAUUGGCCGCGGUCGCCGAACGUCGCUCACGUCAAACCGACGGUGCACGCUCUAUCGUUACGCGCGUUCCGAGCGCGGUUAUGGCCGUUCGUCGCGGUAUACGUACCGUCGUUAUAAAUAUUGUCAUACCUAUUACACGUCCUCUUACUAUCGAUUUCGUAUCGUUUUAAUUAUUACUUAUGUGCUUUUGUAAAUAAAUGUCAUGCAAAGAGUAACUGAUAGAA